AUGAUAAUCGCCACGGCCCUGUUAUUCGAAAUCAGUCCUCCGGCAGCAAAAGGCUCGAUCUGUGACGACACAGAUAUACCGAAAUCCCACGCCUCUGUCUCUAGGCCAUCAGACUCGACCCACCGAAAUUUCGAGUGAGUUCUGUCCGGUUCCUUCACAUCAAAUUCUGCAUUCUCCGCUCCCAUUCUUGACGUUCCGGUUGCAAACAGGGAGGUAGCAUGUCGUGUUGACACGAGGACCGCCUGCUAAACUUCAACGGCUUUUCCUUCGCAUGACUUUUACAGGUCCGGAUUUCACACACACACAUCCCUGUAUCAUGGCGGCAAUUGAUACGCCUCUUUCGCUUUCGUCGCUACUCGACGUACCGAUAAACCCUGGUUCAUCUGCAAUUUGCCAUACUUUUUACGUUUGCCCAGGUAUUUAACGACGACCAAUUUUGGGGACCAAUUCCUUUUUAUGUCCACAAAUCCUGCAUCGAUCUCACCAUCCGCCAUAUCAUGUGUGAAACAACCGCAGUUCCCAUUUAAUUUCCCAAUGCUUCUGACAAUCAACAAGACUGUGAGCCAAUUGGUUUCAAAUCUUCCCGACCCCCGAUCUUGUGCGCCCAGUCAUUGAGACCUCUGAUUUCUCUUGUAAGCAGUUGACUGCUGUUCACGACCACAUCCGUCAGAUCUCAGGUGCUUUUGCGUAGGACGGUGAAGCGUUAUGUUGAACGAAUGUAUUGCAGCCAACCAUCGAAGAAGAAACUCACCUUUCCGAUGGUGCCUUUUUAAAAACCAACUACUUAAUACCGUAACUAUGCAUGAGGACUUCGGAGAAUUCCGCAAAGACAAUUUAAACGUAGUGGCGCAGCGUUCCCAAGUCGCAGGCAGGCGAAGUCAGUUAUAAGGUCAAUAGGCAGAACCUUUAUCAAGCUGGAUUCAGAUAGUUUCGGCAAGUUAUACGGAGCGUUUGUGUAGCCACACCUGGAAUUUGCAGUACAGACUUGGCGGUCGUGGCUUUGGAUAGACAGAUGUUCUUAAAGAUGCACAACAUACUGCAAAGCCUGUUUCUGAACUCACGAAUUUGACGUAAGAGCAGUGCCUGUCUUAAAGCUCUGCACCCUCCUCCAUAGACAAGACAGAGGUGACCUUAUACUAAUGCAUCAGUUGCUACGGAACUUGACUUUCAUAUGGACUUUAAAAUCUUGAGAUGGCACCAAGGACGAAUUUGCAUCCCCAUGAAAAGGAGCUUUGUCGUGCCAAUCAGCAUUCCUUCUUUUUCACACAAAGAGUCAUUCGACAGUAGAAUUCCUUACCGACACAUAUCGCGCAUUCAAUCAACGUGACUGCCUAAGAGGCGUCUGGAUGCUCACCUGCUAUAGGUCUGCCAGAGAGUCACUGUAUUGACCAUAAAAGUGUUACUAUUUUGAUUCCAGUAGCCCAUUUUAUCGACAUUAACUUCGACGCUGCUGGACUUAUUGCGUGCAAACGCGAUUGAUAUGCUGUUUGCUGUUAUCUAACGAACUCACCGGCAUUUAGCAUUUCUGCCUCACUAUCAGUCUUAUGCAUCCAGCGUGCUGAAAUUGCGUGUAAAUCAUCACAACUGAGCUGCUAUUCAUGCAGACUUUCAUUUUUUGAGAUGGAAAUUUCACAGCCUUCUGUCAUUUGAAUUCGUCAACCCCCUCGCCGAGGGCCCGUUCAUUUGACUUGGUUAUGAGGAGGCGGGUCGUUUGCUAAGUUUUGUCUGUAGAAACUGGCUCCGUAAAUUAAAUAUGUUCGUUUUCUCGAAAAGCUUCAGACGACAGACAUAAAAUUAUAACUUAAGAGAACUAUUACUCGAUUUUUGCAUUCAGAAAAGCUCCCACAAAUUGUGGGUGCGGAAUCCACUGAUCGACUCUACUGUAGCGAUGGCGUUUGUGGUCUCUGAACACUAUGGCCUGUCUAACCAUGGACAAGUUUGUUGGCUAACAGCGUCAGCUGUUCCUCAGCGCCUCUACUUUGACUAUCCCCAACUUCAUGAAAGGAAUUGACGUCCGAUAAUCUCCGAUACGGUGCAACCCCCCGACCCUUCUCGACGGUCGAAUGUAUACCGCCACUUGGGUGUAUGGAUCACAACCUCGCUUAGGCCUUCGCUGCAAUGCUGAAAGGUAGCCAAGUCAGCGAUGUCCAUUCUAUACCUCGUCAAACGGGCGUUCUCCUUUGAUGAAGACUGCUUCGCCAAGGUCUUUCAAACCUUUGUCCGACCGCAUCUGGAGUUUGCUAUCCAAGCAUGGAGACCCUGGACCGCUUAACACAUCGACAUACUUUAAAAAGUUCAACGGCGAGCAACGAAACUUGUAUCUGGGCAGUGGUCACUACCCUUCGAAACACGAUUAGCUAAUCUUGUCCUCUUUCCUUUGAGUUACAGACAGCAACGUGGGGACCUGAUAAAAGCUUUCCGCAUCGUGCGCAAUCAGGGCUGCUGCCUCGCAUCUGGAGACUUCUUCGAUUUGGCGACUACGACUAACCUGAGAGGCCAUCCACUCAAACUGCGUGUGACUGGUGCCCGGCUAGACACCCGAAAGUUCUUCUUCUCCAACAGAGUGGUUGCAGCUUUGGAAUCCCUUGCCUGA